UAUGGUCCACUGCGGGCUGUUCCUAGCCGUCUUGGUGGAUCCUCGGGAGGCCGGCUCCCGCUCAUUCGGCCUUUCUUGAUCGCACCCCAACUUUGGGGCCCGCGCUAGGGAGGCGUUCUGGAGCCCCGGAGACCCAGGCCCGGCAAGGAGCGGUCCAUGGCGCCGCCAAACAGGACCAGACGCGAGAGGAAACCCAAGCCCGUGAGGUUCGCGGACGUGGCCGUGUACUUCUCCCCCGAGGAGUGGGGGUGUCUGCGGCCCGCGCAGCGCGCCCUGUACCGGGACGUGAUGCGGGAGACCUAUGGCCACCUGUGCGCCCUCGGAUUCCGAGGCACCAAGCCGGCCCUCAUCUCCUGGGUGGAGGAAGAAGCAGAACUGUGGGGUCCGGAUGCCCAGGAUCCAGAGGUGGCUGAGUGCCUGACAAAAGGAGAUACAGACUCCAGAAACAAGGAAGAAAAGGGACAAGCAGAAAGGACUGAGGCAUUGGAGAAGAUCCUUUCUGUGGAUGCUCGGCCUCUUGGGCUCCCUAAUGGUUUGGAGCAGCCGUCCAGGCCACGUUGCCGGGGCCGCCCCCUACUCUGUGUCCAUCUCCCUGUCCCACGAGCAGACCAGCGACAUGGUUGCUAUAUAUGUGGAAAGAGUUUUGCUUGGCAUUCCACUCUGAUGAGGCACUUGUACGAACACACAUUUAAGAAGCCCUACUAUUGUUCUGACUGUGGCAAGGGCUUCAGCCAGUCCUCUUCUCUGAACAAGCACCGGGCCUCCCACCUUGAGGAGCGGCCCCACCACUGCCCCCACUGUGGCCGGGCCUUUUCCCUGCGCGGUAACCUCAUCACCCACCUACGGGUUCAUACAGGAGAGAAGCCCUACCGCUGUGCUGACUGCGGCCGCUGUUUCAGCCAGAGCUCUUCCCUCUGGCAGCACCAGCGGGUCCACAGUGGUGAGACCCCCUACCCCUGCCCAGAUUGUGGCCGUGCCUUUGCCCAUGCCUCAGACCUUCGGCGCCAUGCUCGCACCCAUACGGGUGAGAAGCCCUACCCAUGCCCAGACUGCGGGCGCUGCUUCCGACAGCGCUCCGAGUUGGUAGUCCACCAGCGAACCCACAGUGGCGAGCGUCCUUACCCCUGUCCUCAGUGUGGCAAGUGCUUCAGUCAGAAGUCAGCUGUGACCAAGCACCUGUGGGUCCAUAGGCCCGAUGCUGGGGUGCGAAGGCACAGAGUUGCCAGUGGGUUGCCCGGGCCCCUGACCCCUGGCCAAGGGAACCGGGACCCACCUGUGGGCUUCCAGCACUAUCCAAACAUAUUCCAGGAGUGUGGAUGAUGGCCUCAGUGGUGACAAAGCAAAAGAUGAAGAUUUAAUGUCACCUGAAGGCCAGACUGGGCCUAGGGGCCUGAACCUCUGGUGGCUCCAGGGAAGUUACCUCUGGACCUUGGGGAUGAGGACAGUCUUGUCUUGAGUCCUUACCAGCUUCAUUUGCUGACACAUUGCUCUCUACUGUUCCAGACUCUAGAUGCCCCCUUUGCUGAGUUAGGGCUGAAGCAAGCACCCCCACAACACCUCUGCUGUAGGUAAGAAAAGCUGUUUGACACAUGUGUUAAGAGGAUUCAGGUGAGGAGAACUUGGUUUUGCCCAUUGUCUUUUUCUUGCAGAAAUUAAAAAUGGCCUAUACUGAAUGUGUUGGUAGCUGCCUUUUUAAUUUUUUAGGCUCAGUCAGCAUUUUAAAAACAUUACAGAAUACUGGUCAGGAUGUAAGAGUCAGAAUACUUCAUACAAAAGUCCAGAUUCCGACUUACCUUGAAAAAUCGAAAGAUUUGGCAACGUGACCCAAGCGCUCAUAAAAACAAUUGGCAGCUGCCGCCUGUGGGUGGAGCUGGUGCCCGUUCUGUGCAGUAGCUGGUCUGCAGCUCCCCGCCAGCUCCUGGCCAGCCAGCUCCUGGCCAGCGUCAGCUGGCAUUCUUUGUGGUCGUGGCAAAGCAGACCAUCUCCUUCUGGGAGUUUCUCCUCAUUUAGAUGACCUGCUGUUUGGUUCCCGGAGCCGCAGCAGCUGCACAUCAUGGUUUUCCGCAUUCAAGUUUUCCUGAAUUGGGAAUUCAGGUAGAGUAUAUAUGUGAAAGGGUGAUAGGAGAGAAA